AUGCGGCUCCUAACAACCCUAACCAGCUUCCUCUCGGUGGCAUCCGCAGCAUCACUAGGCAAGCGGGCACCGACUCCCGGCUCCCUCUCACAGGUAACGUCCUUCGGGACCGCGCCGACCAAAGCAGCAUUCUACAUCUACGUCCCCAAGAAGCUCGCCGAGUCCCCAGGCAUCGUCGUCGCAAUCCACUACUGCACCGGCACGGCGCAGGCCUACUACAACAACAGCCCGUACAAGACGCUCGCGGAGCAAUACGGCUUCAUCGUCAUCUACCCGUCGUCCCCCCACUCCGGCACCUGCUGGGACGUCAGCUCGAAGGCGACGCUGAGCCACGACGGCGGCGGCGACAGCCACACCAUCGCCAACAUGGUCAAAUGGACCAUCACCGAAUACAAAGCCGACACGACCAAGAUCUUCGUAACCGGCACCUCCUCCGGCGCAAUGAUGACCAACGUCCUCGCAGCAACCUACCCCGACCUCUUCCAAGCCGGCAUCGCCUACUCAGGCGUGCCAGCCGGGUGCUUCAUGUCGACCUCCUCCGGCAUCGCCGCAUGGAACAACUCCUGCGCGAACGGCCAAUCCACCGCAACCCCCCAAAAGUGGGCGCAAGUCGUCCUCGACAUGUACCCUUCCUACCCCGCGACCUCCCCGCGUCCCCGCAUGCAGAUCUACCACGGCUCAGCCGACGCGACGAUCCGGCCGCAGAACUACCAGGAGACGAUGAAGCAGUGGGCGGGCGUGUUCGGGUACAACUACGACAAGCCGGAGAGCACGAAGAGCAAUGAUCCGCAGAGCGGGUAUACGCGGACGAUUUAUGGGGAGAGGGCGCAGGGGAUUUAUGCGCAGGGGGUGGGUCAUAGUGUGAAUAUUAGGGGUGCCGAUGAUAUGAAGUUCUUUGGGUUUGCGACGUAG